AUGAUUAGACGAAUCUUUAAUUUGACGGUUCUUUUAUUAUUACAGAGUGCAAAUUGUGCUUUGCAAUCUGUUUAUGAAGAGUUUAAUAAUAAACAGAUUACAUUGACUAAUACAAGUUGGAAAUGUAAUGACUUAAGUAGUCCAACUUAAGUGUUAACUUGCACUAAAGGAAUGGAUUUAGUAGUACUAAAAGAAAUAUAAUAACCAUGCCAUAAAAUUUUGAAUAUAAUCGAAACAACUGUGCCUCACUUUAAGAUUUAAUUGUAUAUUGAUGUAUAUGGUUAUAAUACGAUUGAUGCAAAUGACUAUUUUCUGGUAGGUAUUUCUGAAAAUUCUUUUUAAGAGUCUUUGUGCAUUCAUCCUUUCAAUUAAGGCAAAUACUUACAAUAGUGUUCUUCAAAUAAUAAUAUUUGGUUGACUCGCAAAUCCUACUUUCAAGAAAUUGCCCAUUCUAAUCAAUAACUGAGUCUGGAAAUACGAAGUGAAGUUGAUGGACCAUUUAAUGAUGAGUCCUAUUUAUUUAGAAAUGUCUAAAUAAUUUUAGAUAGAUGUUAUAAAACCUGCAAGACUUGUUCAGGUGAAGGAAAGGAAUAGUGCUUAUCUUGUUAUGAUGAUAUAAUUUUGAGUUCUAAUAACUCAUGUGAUUCUUGUCAGAGUAAAACGGGUUAAAAUUUCCUUCAAAUUCCAGAUGGAUGUAGAAAUAAAUGUACUAAUAAUUAAGAUUAUGAUGAAGAUUAUGUUUGUAUUGAAGAUAUAAGUAAUAAAUUAUAGUAUUUCUUAGAUCUUUAAGUUAAAUGUGAAAUUGAUUGUGAAUUAUGUACUAAUACCUAAAGUUGUUUAAUUUGUAAACCUUAAAAAUAUCUCUAUUUUGGGUAAUGUAUGGAUCAAUGUCCAAAAUACACAAUAGUAUAUGGAACUAAUUGUUUAAGUAAUAUUGAUAGUCUUUUAAAAAAUAAAAAUUUAAGAAUUACUCAAUUAGUAAGAGAAUUUCAUGAUCUAUCAACAACAAAAAGCUUGACGAAUGAACUAUUUUAAAUUAUAUCAACAACAAAUCAAUAUAGUUUAUAAAAAGGUAAUGAUAUUUAUUAUAGCUAUUUUUCCAAUAAAAGAAUAUUUGGAGGACCAUUAGUUUGGGUUAAUGCAGAAUUUAAAUUUACUAAAAGUUGGAUCUAAGAGUUCUAAUUUAUUAGAAUAUUUUUUGAAGUUAUUUUAGGGGAUAUUGAAUUAAAUAAAAAUAUACUUACAUAUAAGUUAAAUGAUCAAUAAUAGGAAACCAUCAUUUUAAAUGAAAUGUAUUAAGGAAAUAAUCCAAAUAUAUAGGAUCAAAUAUGGCCUGAUAACUAUUAAUUCAAUAUAUAUAAAGUAGAAAAAUCGAUAAAUUUCUUUAUAUAGUCAAAUAAGUAAUUAACUAUAGAGAUUAAAUGUUAAAAUGCUAAUGAACUUGGAUUUUGUGGAAUUUAGAAUAUGGUUAUAAUUGGAUUUUCUAAUUGUGAACCUGAAUAUAACUUUGACUUUCAUAAUUAUGAAACUGGAAGAAACCCUUGCAUUCCAAUUUGUGGCGAUAAAAUAGUUGUUGGAGACGAAGAAUGUGAUGAUGGAAAUAAUGAUCCUUUUGACGGAUGUUUUAAUUGUAGAUAUGAAUGUGAAGACCAAUGUUCUGAGUGUUUAUAUGGUUACUGUAUUAUUGAAAAAACAAAACCAUUACUAUAUUCUUAGAAAAUCCAGAAUGAUACAGUUGAAUAUAAAUUGAAAUGCUAAGAAAGUGAAGAUUGGUAUUGUGGUAGUAUUUGUAAUGGUUAAAUUCAGAACCAAAAUCAAUUUUUAAGCUAAAAUUAUUUUUGCAACUGCAAUUGUCUUCAUUGUGUCAAAGGAAUUUGUUAUUUAUGUUAAGAAGGAAACUAUUUGUUUAAUAAUGAUUGCAUUGUAGAAAAAAUUGAUUAAAUUAUGUAUGUGGAAUAGAAAUCAUUUUGUGGGGAUGGAAUAAUCUAAGUGUUUGAAUAGUGUGAUGAUACAAAUUAUCUUUUAUUUGAUGGUUGCUUUGCUUGUAAACAUUCUUGUGAUAUCAAUUGUUAUUAAUGUUUUUUUGGAAGAUGUGAAAUUUGUAAAUAUGGUUAUGUUUUGACUUCUGAUUCUAAUUGCUUUUUAAAUUGUGGUGAUGAUCUAAUUCUCCCGUAUUAGAAUGAAUAAUGCGAUAACUAAAAUACGAUAGGAUAUGAUGGUUGCUAUUGUAAAUUAGAAUGCUAACCUUAUUGUCUAUAUUGUGAUAAAGUACAAUAAUGUUUGAAAUGUAAAAAAGGAUUCUCACUUUAAAAUAAUUAUUGUAUUCCUAUUUGCGGAGAUGGAUUCAUCGUAAAUGGGUUUGAAGAAUGUGAUGAUGCUAAUUAUCAACCAUUUGAUGGAUGUUAUGAAUGUAAAUAUUAAUGUCAUCAAAAUUGUGGAAUUUGUAAUAAAGGCAAUUGUUAACAUGAAAUUUGCUAAUUAGGAAUGCAAUGGACGAUAAACUCUUGUUCGGCUAUUUGUGGUGAUAAUUUGGUUGUAGAAAUUGAAGAAUGUGAUGAUGGUAAUUCACAAGAAUUUGAUGGAUGUUUUAAUUGUAAAUAUUCGUGUAUUGAAAAUUGUGAAAUCUGUAAAGAAGGAUCUUGUAGAGGAUGUAAAUAAGGAUUUUUUUUAAAGGACAAUAAAUGUCUUGAUUUAACGAUUUAAUAGUAUUAAUAUUAAGAUUAUUAAUUAACUAUUUAGAAUUCUAAAAAUUUUUGGAUAUGUCACGAUUAAGAAUGUGCUUAUUCUUAGAGUCCUAAAAUGAAAAUUGUACUUUUGAAUUAAUUUUUUUAAGAAUAAUACAUCUAAGUCUACUUUGAUUAGGAAGUAAAAUUAAAAGAAACUACUGAAAAUUUAUCAUUUGAAUUAUUCGAUAUCUAAUUGAAAAAUUAUAAUGUUUCAACAUAUAGGAUAAAACUUUAUCCAAUUUAAGAAAUUGCAUAUGAUGCACAAUAAAUUAGUUAUCAGAUAGAGAUUAAAAAUUUGAUAAAUUUUGAUGAAAAACCUCUUUUAUAAAUUGAUUUAAUUAAUGAGGUUACUAAUACCAAUAAUCAAACAGUAUCUUAAAGAUAAGUUGAAAUAAAAUUAAAAACUUCUAUAUUUCUAUCAGAUGAAAAAAGAUUAAUUUCUUUAUAAACAAGAACUUCUAAUAAAGUACUUAUGAUUGUAGGAAUAUCAUUUAGUGUAUUAUCAUUAAUAUCAGGAGAGACUUCAUUUUUUGUUCAAAUCCUUAAUGUUUUACAAUAUUAAUCAUAUCUAAAAUUUAUAAAUAUUGAUUAUCCAGAGAAUCUGGUCAUCUAUUUUUCGGCAUCUGAAAUUUUGGAAAUCAGCACAUAUUUAUAGAUUAUGGAAAUCGAUCAAAUAUACAAUAUCAUUACACCAAAAGAGGAGAGCCCUGAAGUAGAUGGAAAAUUUAAGUUUUAUAAUGUAGACCCAGAUCUCUUUAUCAACAUUCUUCCUCAAAUCAUUUAAAUGAUCACAUUAUUAACCUUAUUACUCUUAGGAAAGAAAUAUUAUGAAUUGCUGACAUUUACUAUUAAUUCAAGAAAUAUCACUAAUAUUCUUAGUGAUAAUCUUAAUUGUUUUAAAUUAAUCAUCAUCAAGAUAUUUACUAAGCUUAGAAUCUGGAUCAAAGGAAUAAUGUGUAUGAAAUACAAUUUUAGCAAUACUCACAUGA